AUGGAAAAGUACCACGACCUUCCGGAUAUCGACACCAACGCCCCGGAUGUGUUUGAGACAUCGGACGUAGAAAGUGAUCUCGAGUUGUCUCACCAUCAUAGUGAAUCUAGUCCAACUCUAGAAGAAGAUGAUUCGGAGAUCAAACACCAGCAAUUGAAUGCUGAAACUGCCAGAACUCGCUUUUCUCAUAGUCUGUUGGUGCCCCAAGAUGGUGCAGACUUUCUGGGUAGCGUUUCUUAUCCCAAGCUUGGGAAAUCGGGGUAUUUGAUCGAGACAACGGUCGAAACAAGACAACAGAAGUUGGCAAGGAUAGCGCGAGAGCUAGAGGAAUUGAAGCAAGAAGGUGAAAAUGAUGUGGAGAAAAUAUUUUCAGAAAAUGUAGACGGUUUACAAACUCAGCUCCAAGAAGUUCUUGAAAAGACUGUUUCAGGAAGUAACUCCAAAAUUCGCCAACUUGAUGUAUAUAGUCAGAGGAUUAACCACCUUUUCGAAGCGAUAUCUAGUAAUAUUAUUAAAGGUGAAGUUUAUGAAAAAUCGGCGCCCCAGAAUGAGGCUAGCUUUCAGAAAUCGAGCACCUCGACAAGUCCCAGUGAGAUCCUUUCGCUUGAGAAUAGAAUCAACGAGUUGGAAAAGUUAAUAGGUGUAGAUAUGGUCCAGAGUUUGAGUUCCAAGCCCACUGGAACUACGGCAUCUCUUCAGAGCUAUGUCAAUGACUUGAGUCGAAAGAUCAACAUAGUGCAUAAUCCUGAAUAUCACAUCGCCGCCGUGAAACUGGAAGUAGAACUGCUCAUAGCGAAGAUGGAUGAGUUGGAGACGAAGAGAAGGAUUGCAGAAAUACGGGAAACUACGCUUGGAAAACCUCAACAAAGUAUCAGUGAGUCUACACCCUUACAGAAAAAGAUAGAUGACUUAUACAAAAACUUACCAGAAUUUGAGAGAGCGAACAAGUUGGUGCCAUCUGUAAUUUCAAGACUUAAGUCUCUCAGCGUAGUACAUUCAGACUUGGCUGGUUGUACUCAGACAGUAGGGGAGUUGGAUAGUAUUCUAGGUGAUUUAAGGGACGAUAUGAAACGAUGGGACGACAGCUUAAACGACGUUAAUGCAAAGAUAGACAACUAUGAGACCAUUUUUGGGGAAAAUAGAAAGGUGGUGACGGCACAGAUUGAGGAGUUGGAGAGCAAGAUAGAUAAAGUAUUCAAAUAG